AUGCAGGAAACGAGGCGUUGUUUACAUCGCUUUGCACGAACGCCGCCGCCAUGCCGCCGCGCUGCGGCUCCGCGAACGCGCGUCACUUGUCCGCUGCCUCGGCCGAGCGGCACGUGUGGCUCCGCGUCCGCGACAACAGACGCAGACGCAGGACAACAGCCUUUCGGGAUUCGCCAGCAGAGUUCGGGCAUGGCGAGAGAUAAACAAGUGUGCUUCUCACCUACGGGUGAGAAGCUGGCACACAGUGGGCUAGAUGGUAUAUUACGAAUCUGGAACACUGUAUCUGGAGUCCUAGAGCAUGAGUACCAGCCAGCAGAACACCUCACAGCAACAACCUCUUGCAUCAGAUAUUCACCUCAUACACCCAAAAACAAUAAAGGCCAGAAGAAUGAAGACACCAACAAAAAUAGUUUAAUAGCAAUGGGAACAUUAGCAGGAACCAUUAUACUCUAUAGUCCUGAGAAAAGGGAAGUUAUAGCCACACUUGAGCAUGGUCCUCCAAAUGCUGUUUUAGAUAUAGCAUGGGGAGGCCCAAGAAAACUUUUUUCAAUUGGUGAAGAUAACAUCGUAGUCGAGUGGGACAUCGUCUCGGGAAAGAAAAUUUUGUCUUCACCAGUAAGUGGAGGAACUUCACUCUGCUACAUUGACAAAAAGACAUUAGUAGUUGGUCAUAGAAGCAUAGAAGUUGUGUCUUUGUUGAAGAAUGAAAGCAGGGUUAAGGUCAAGAGAAAAUUCACAGGCCACAUGUCCCUAAUUACACAGCUUCUCUCUGUUUGUCCAGAAGAAGGUUCACCCAGAUACUUUCUUUCAUCCUCUGAAGAUGAUAGAUAUUUCUAUGCAUGGGAUUUACAAAAGGAGGACUCUGAGCCUGUUGGAAGUUUUAUGGUAAAUGACACAAUUUUGUCAGUGGCAGCAGGAGAAAUGAAAGAAAGUACAGUGUUAAUGGCAGCGGUUACCAGCAGAGGUGUCCUUGUUCUCUUCAGACAACACUUAAAUGGAAAUGUAAAGAGGCAAGCAGUUAAAUCAAUAGGAAAAUUGAAAAUAUCUGCAAAAUCCAAAAGCAAGCCAUCAACCAUACCUAUUGUGUCAGCCUUCUUUUGUAAUGACAGUACAUCUCAUAUUACCAUUGCAUAUGGCACUUCAUCAGUUCUGAAGUUUGAGAGACUAAGUGUAGAAGAAAUAUUGGCCCAAAAAGAGAUUGUAAGAGAAGAUCCUAACAAAACAUCUGUCACAGAAACCUCUUUAAUCAAAACAGUGACACCUAAAGUUACAAAAAAAGCUACCAUAGUCAGCCAUUAUACAUCACUAUCACAAAGUGAAAACAAAAGAAAAUUAGGUGAUGAAGAUGGUGCUGCAGCACUGCCCAUGGAGGAAAGGCUCAACACCCUGGUUUUAAACACACCAACAGUACAGGGAGAAAUACCAAAGGCUGAUAACCUUACACAGUUACUUCUUCAGGGUUUACAUAGUAAGGAUAAACGUCUACUAUCGGGUGUAUUUGAUCGUAGAGACCAAAAUUUGAUCAACAACACUGUACGUAGACUCCCAGUCCAAGCUGUGGUGCCACUUAUAGAGCAUUUGCAGACACUCGUCAUGGGCAAAGGGCACAAGCAAUUUGGUUAUGUCACCUGGAUUCGUGCUGUUUUAUAUUACCACAUGAGCCACCUGAGUACAAUUCCAAAUCGCAUGGAGCUGAUGAGACCCUUCUUCUCUGCAAGUGCAUCAAAACUGUCAACACUUAUCCAAGUGAUGCAGCUUCAUGCUAGACUUGACCUGAUGUUGAACCAUGUUGCCACAAGACAUCAAGAAGAAAAGCAGGCAGAGAUAGAACCAGAUGCAAUGUUGGUAUAUAGAGAUGACUCUUCAGAUGAUGAUGACAACAUGCUAGAUAAUGUCUUGGGAGUAUCCGAGUCAGAAGACCAGUGGGAUGAGAUGUCGGACUAUGGAGAGGUCAAUGGUCACUCGGAUGCAGACUCAGACAUGGAAGCAGAGGACAAUGUGUCAGCAGUCAAAAGAAAAUUGGAAGAGGAGCAAGUGGUGCUGGACAGUGAUAGCUGAAUUACAGAGUAAAAUACCACUCCAGAGAAGUGCAGAAGUUCUCAUACUUUUUAUGUGAGCUGGGCAAUGACAGUGUUACGGAAAGGAAAGUGAUCUCUAAUGCUCUUAUUGAGUGAUAUAUAUUUAUGAAGUAGCAUGUUGGAGAAUCAAAGUUAUUACAUAACAAAUCAGUGCUGACCAAGAUGUAACAUAACCAUCAUUAAUUUAUAUUAGUCAGUACAGGGGAACUAUAUUUGAAAGUAUUCAAAAUCCGUUAUCAAGCAAGUGACUAAUCCACACUUCACACUAUUUAGAUUACUCAAAUGUAAAUAUAUAUCACCCUGGAUGCUUUCCAUUUCUUCUCAUUGGACUGAGUCUUUCAACACAGAUAUUUAACAUUGACACAUUCACAUUAUUCCUGGCAAACAUUUGAAAAGACUAGAGCUCUGACUUUUACAUUUAGCAUAUGGUGUGGGAAGCUUUGUAUGUGAGAUGUCCUAUCUUCAAAAGUGAGAGUGACAAAAUGAUGAAUGGAAAAGGAAACUAAAAGAAACUACAAAUGCAUAUAGAUGUAUUUUUAUCAUAGUGUCCAUUGGACACAUAGUAUAUAAUUAUAAAGAACAAUCAUAAAGUUUUGGACAUUGAGAUGACUAUAUAUCCUGGCAUCAGGAUUGUACACUUUUUGAUAUUCAAGAGAAUACUAUAGUAAUCAUGGACGGGAUAUUUAACAUGCUUCAGAAAUUAAGAAAAUAAGAUGUCCAUUUGUUAUGCUUUGUUAUAAAUAAUGUUGAACAUUUGAAAUUUACUUGUACACCGUCAGAUUUGGCAGUUUGUAAUAAUACAAAUGAAGGUGAAUUAUGUGAA